UAAACAUUACAACUCACUAGAUAGACACACAAAGACAUAGAUGUAAGUAAGUAAGUAAUAUAGAGAGCUCAGAAGGACAUUGUUGCAGAGUGCAGGCAUAUUUGUCACUCUCUCAAACGCCGUUCUCAUUCCGCAUCCCAGUUCUCUUAUCUCUUCUCUCUCUCUCUCUCUCUCUCUGUUUUUUCUUCUCCGUACUCUCUCCACACAGACACAUGUGUGUUUACCCAACGACCACAACACCAACACACUCGCUGACAUAAACACUGCUUUCAGGUGCAUCUGAUCAAAACUUCUCCCUCCCAUCUAACCCCACCAAAUGCAGCAAAUACACUCCAUGGCACCGGGAACAGCUGGAGGAGGAGGAGGAGGAUCAAGGUUUUUCUCCGGCACCGCCGCCACGGACAGGAGGCUCCGACCCCACCACCAGAACCACCAGGCCCUUAAGUGCCCCCGCUGUGACUCCCUCAACACCAAGUUCUGUUACUACAACAACUACAACCUCUCCCAGCCUCGCCACUUCUGCAAAAACUGCCGCCGCUACUGGACCAAGGGAGGCGUCCUCCGCAACGUCCCCGUCGGCGGCGGGUGCCGUAAAUCCAAACGCUCCAACAAACCCGCGAAAACCUCCGACGCCGUCCCCCCGCCCCCGCCGCCCGACCCGGACCAUUCCAGCAGCGAGAGCUCGAGCCUGACCGCCGCUGCCGCGGAGCCCGUAUCGGCGCCGAUAAACUCUGAUUCCACCAACAUGCAAGAGUCGAAGUUGUCGGUCCCCGUGGAUCCUGUUUUGGAAACGAAUCCUUUGGAGCAGGGAGCAGGGGACUGCGGUGGUAUCUUCUCAGAGAUUGGACCUUUCACCAGCCUGAUCGCUACUUCCACUAACGAGCCCUUGGGUUUCGGUUUCGGCAACGGUCUGCCCGAUGCGUCGUCGUUUCAGUGGCAGCACUCGAAGGUGAGCAGCAACCAGGAAUUGAAGUUGGCCGAAAGCUCCUUCCUCGAUCACACCGUUGAUUUGUCGACACUGCAUGGUAAAACCAACCACGGAACAUUCGGAUCGUUGGAUUGGCAGGGCGGUGCGGAUCAAGGUUUGUUUGAUCUCCCUAACACCGUUGAUCACGCUUACUGGAGUCACACUCACUGGUCUGACCACGACAAUUCUUCUCUCUUCCAUCUCCCCUGAAAACGGCUCCACUCCUUCACAAAUCUCAUCUCACCUUUUGUUUUUUUUAUUAAUCUCUUAUAUAAUUUAACUCUAAAGGAGGGCAAAGGAUAUUUGAAACCAAACUCAAAGUAAAAAAAAAAAAAAUCCAAAGCGAAGGUGGAAGGACUUGAUAUAAUUAAUUACGAGGUGUAUAUUUUUUUUUUUAAUUUAUAAAUUUGGGGGGUGAUUGAGCUUGAUUCUAAUCAGUGAUGUGCAUGCAGAACUAAUUCCAUGUUAGUUUCUAUAUGAUUUUUCU